AUGACUCACUAUCGCGCGGCCACUACUAUGGCUUCCGACGUUGGAAAUAAUCGCCACGCCUCCUAUCCGGCCUACUUGGGCGCUCAGCUGGGCAGUGCCCCCCAGCAUGAUGUCUCGGCUUCCCAUGGUCAGCAUGUUGCCCACCACUCGGAUGCCAUGGGUGCUGUGAUGAAUCAAUUCAGCACCCUCGCCCUUCCAGCCGGUCCUGGCAUGCCCGGCGGUUCGAGCUUGUCUCAGAUUCAGGCUCACCAUGCCUACUGUGCUCCGCAGGAGCAGGCUGUGGCUUACCAGGGAUACUCACUUCCGCUGCACCUCGGAAUCGGCCCCGAGGCGGCCUAUUCCUUUGGAGUGUCCGGUCAAUACCCGGUUCAGAGCGGCUUCGCGCCCCUGCCUGUUCCUUACCAUGCCAUGCCUUACACGCCGGGCCGCGUCGCUUCUUAUGCUGACCGCAGCAGCGAAGUCCCUGGGCUGGAGAACCGCCGGGGCUCGUAUUCAACGACGGAGUCCACCCCCGCGACUCCCUUCUUUGGCAGCGCUUCGGACCGAGGCGGCGCCUCCCGGGUCGCCGUCUUCCGUUCCAGCUACACCACCCCGUCUCCGGAGCAGGUCGUGCUGCCCAAGGCUUCUCAGCCCAUUGACGAGGAACUCCUUGCGCUGCUCAAGCAGGAUCCGCCGAUUCCUCAAGCGGUUCCGGCUGUUUUCACUCCCCCCAGCCACACCAAGUCCAUCGAGCAGUGCCUGGAGAAUAGAAUCCAGGGUAACCGGAACGUCUACAUUCGCGGCCUGCAUCCCACGACGGACGACGACCUCCUGCACCGAUAUGCAUCUCGCUUUGGCAAGGUCGAGCAGAGCAAGGCCAUCAUCGACACCUCCACAGGGGCUUGCAAAGGGUUCGGAUUCGCCAAGUUUGCCGACGUGCGCGACUCCGAGAAGUGCAUUCGGGGCUUCUAUCACCUUGGCUAUGAGGUCGGCUUCGCUCGGGAGAGCUUCAAUGCCAGGCUCAAGGCUGAGGGCGAUGAUACAUCGACCAACCUGUAUCUGUCGAACCUUCCAAAGCGCUUGAACGAGUCGGAACUGAAUGCCAUUUUCGCCGGUUACCAUGUUGUCUCCAGCAAGAUCCUGCGCGACAGCAUGGGCAACAGCCGUGGUGUCGGGUUUGCUCGGUUCGAGACCCGCGAAGAGUGCGAAGAUAUCAUCAAGAAAUACCACGGCGCUUCGAUCGGCGAAGAGGGCAUGCUGAUGCAGGUCCGUUAUGCGGAUACGCCGGCCCAGAAGGAGCUGAAGCGCAUCACCGCCGAGCGUCGCCAGUUCCGAACCAACGAGUACAACAUUGGGGCCUACGGCACGGCUGAUGUCGGUAUCCAUCCUACCAUUUACAAUUCCGCCCCCUGGAACCGCCGUCCUGGAAUGGGAUCCGACCCUCUGUUCGCCCCCCGCGUGCCGGUCCGUGCCAACAUUGGCAGCAGCGCGAGCGCGGGUUCGGUCACGGUCCAUAGCUUGGGACAUACCCCGAAGCAAAGCAUGCAGGCCCCCGGAACGGCGUCCUCGGAGGAUGGCUUAGCCAACGACAGUGCGACUGUUGUUGACUCCCCGACCGCCAAAAAGGGCAGCACGCAGUCGUCGCCGGCCGUCCGAAAGGAGGCCUAG